GCCAGAGGAGGCAUUUUCGUACUGUGGACAGUUGCCAACGAUAAGACCAUGUCGUCCAUCCUGCCGUUCACCCCGCCAGUUGUGAAGAGACUGCUGGGGUGGAAGAAGUCGGCCAGUGGCUCUGGGGGAGCCGGUGGAGGCGAGCAGAACGGACAGGAAGAAAAGUGGUGUGAGAAAGCCGUGAAGAGUCUGGUGAAGAAACUAAAGAAAACAGGACGGUUGGAUGAGCUUGAGAAAGCUAUCACCACCCAAAAUUGUAAUACUAAGUGUGUCACCAUACCAAGCACUUGCUCUGAAAUUUGGGGACUGAGUACACCAAAUACGCUAGAUCAGUGGGACACAACAGGCCUUUACAGCUUCUCUGAACAAACCAGGUCUCUCGAUGGUCGCCUUCAGGUGUCUCAUCGAAAAGGAUUGCCACAUGUCAUCUACUGCCGCUUAUGGCGCUGGCCGGAUCUUCACAGCCAUCACGAACUCAAAGCAAUCGAAAACUGCGAAUAUGCUUUUCAUCUUAAAAAGGAUGAAGUGUGUGUGAACCCUUACCACUAUCAAAGAGUUGAGACACCAGUUCUGCCUCCAGUGUUGGUGCCACGGCACACUGAGAUCUUAACAGAACUCCCGCCUCUGGAUGACUACACCCACUCCAUUCCAGAAAACACUAAUUUCCCAGCAGGCAUUGAGCCACAGAGUAAUUACAUCCCAGAAACACCACCUCCUGGGUAUAUUAGUGAAGAUGGAGAAACAAGUGACCAACAGUUGAACCAAAGUAUGGACACAGGCUCUCCAGCGGAGCUGUCUCCCUCGGCUCUGUCCCCCGUCAAUCAUAGCUUGGAUUUGCAACCAGUUACUUACUCAGAGCCUGCAUUUUGGUGUUCCAUAGCGUAUUAUGAGUUAAACCAGAGGGUUGGAGAGACCUUCCAUGCCUCACAGCCCUCACUCACUGUAGAUGGCUUUACAGACCCUUCCAACUCGGAGAGGUUCUGCUUAGGGUUACUCUCCAACGUCAACCGAAAUGCUACCGUAGAAAUGACAAGAAGGCAUAUAGGAAGAGGAGUGCGCCUGUAUUACAUAGGUGGGGAGGUUUUUGCUGAGUGCCUGAGUGACAGUGCGAUCUUUGUGCAGAGCCCCAAUUGCAACCAGAGGUACAGCUGGCACCCUGCCACCGUGUGUAAGAUCCCACCAGGUUGUAAUCUCAAGAUCUUCAACAACCAGGAGUUUGCUGCUCUUCUGGCUCAGUCUGUUAAUCAGGGAUUUGAAGCGGUGUACCAGCUCACUAGAAUGUGUACCAUAAGAAUGAGCUUUGUGAAAGGCUGGGGAGCAGAAUACCGAAGGCAGACGGUCACGAGCACGCCUUGCUGGAUUGAACUCCAUCUGAACGGACCUCUGCAGUGGUUGGACAAAGUGUUAACUCAGAUGGGCUCCCCGUCAGUGCGCUGCUCAAGCAUGUCGUAAAGCUUCACCAAUCAAGUCCCCUCCAAAGACUUCUCAUGUCACAACUCUUCUGUCCGAGUAUGUGUGUGUGGUCCCCGUGGACUGUUUGCGAUCCAAAAAUCCAAGAGAGAAAACAGCACUUGAGGUCUCCUCAGUGAAAGCACCUUGUGGAACCCGUUUCCUAGAUUCGGAUAUUAGACGGGAAGAUUCAUGUCUAGAAAUACCCUCCCAGACCAGGAGCAAGAGCUGAUUUUAACGACUUGCUGGUGUCUUCUUGGGCAUAAAACUUGAGUGUCCCAAAGGUUUAUUAUUAACAGCAGUAGCAAUGUGUACAGGGGAUGUAUCAUGAUCAGUAUCACAGUAUUGUGCUGUUUCUAUACAUUUUUAGUUUGCAUAAAUUUAGGGGGGUGUGCGUGUGUGCGCGUGCUCUGUGUGCGUGCUGCUUCUUGUUUUAGGCAAACCUUUAUAAUGUUACAGUACCUAAUCUGUUACUCCCAUGUCUCCGUUAUUUUUGUGUCUUUUUUAAUAUAUAAUAUAUAUCAAGAUUUUCAAAUGAUCAUUUAGGAGCAGAUUUUCCUUGUAGAAAAACUAAAAUUUUUUGCCUUUUACCAAAAAUAAACUAGUGGGGGAAGAAAAGUGGAUUAACUUUUGAAAUCCUUGACCUUAAACGUGUUCACUGGGGCUUAACCAUUGGUUCUUUGUUUGUCUGCUGACGGCUAAAACUUCAUUGUGGAAACUGUAUUGAAGAUCUUCCCAGGCCUCUUCUCCAUGCCCACUGAGGCCUCCCCAACCAACGGAGCCUGGCCCCUGCCUCCAGGCUCAGUCGCACCGUGCUGCUGGCUGAAGUUGCUCCUGGGCUGCAGUAAAUACACAGAGUUGUUCCCCUGGCCCGUUGACCACAUUCUAACUGGCAAUAGCUCCUUGUGUAAACCAUAGCCGUCUAUUGCCUGUCCUCCUUCACACCCAGGAAAAACGCAGGUGGCAGUGCCAUUACUUUCAGGGAUAUACCCAAAUUACCUCCACAUAGAAAGCCCAUCGAAAAAUCUAACUUCUCCUUUUACAGCACGUGUUUAAAAAUAUCCCAGCCGCGGACCCUCUGCUCUCUGAUUUGAGCAGUUUCAUUGGAAUUCCGUUUCUAUCUCCCAGGUUGCAUUAGGAAGCGGGCAUUAGGUAAAUGUCAUUGCUUCUGCAAAAUGCCUAGAGAAGUGUGAUGGGACUGUGGUCAGCAGAUAAAGGGCCGUCUGUCUUCAGAAUGUGAUGUUCGUGAUUUACACAGUCCAUGUCAGGUUGUUCAAGUACGAACUUCUAAUGAAAACACAACACGGGAAGAGAAGCAGUUGAGCAAGUUUGUCAGCUAGUACUUCUCUGCAGUCUGAGUUUGGUCUUUGAACCAGCCCCAACCCCCCACAGGGCUGACAGUUUCUGUACUGACUGCCCUGUGGUGAAAGGGAGCUCCAGACAGAGUUGCCCGUUGGGUUGUGCAGCAAACGGGAGGUGAAUGCAUUGCUAUUUACCUUGAAGGGAGAUCUUUGCCUCUUGCUCUUUGAAACCAGACUCACUGGUCUUUAUAGGUUGUCAUUUUCAGUAUUUUGAGCAUUUGAUUAUUUCCUAUUGGAUGCUGCCCAUGUUCCUGUAUUUGUAUGUUUAAGUAUUCAUAAAGAUUUGACAAGAUUUUUUUCCCUAUUCAUUCAAAAAAUAUAUUGUGUAUCUACUUGUGCCAGGCACUUCUUUAGAAAAGGGUGAACGGGACGCAUGGGGCCUCUCCCUCGGCGGAGUCUGCAGCCCCUGUCACCCUUCACCACCGUCCUUGUCUGCAGGAGACACAAGGGGCCUGUGGUUGAGCUUCACAGAGGGGUGCUUCUGAGAGGAACCUUGUAGACGGCCUCCUCGAGGAAGUGAGGCGGGCCAGAGCUGAGAGAGGGAGGGAGAGAGAGAUGCACGAGGAUAGUACCAGAUUUGUUUUUUAAAGGAAACCCACAGUUAGGUAUUAAAUGCUUCAUACAGAUACUUCUUCAUGGAUCCAACUGUAAGAAGCAGACUGGUUCUAUCAUUAACAAGAGGUGGCCUUAUUUUCCAAUACAUUGCUUCAUAGCUCA